AUGACACAGACUGUGAACGCCAUAACCUGCAUCCUCUUCAUCAUCUGUGGAGGUGACUACUCUCCGCGAUCCGGUCACGCCCUCGAGCUCUCCGUCUCUGACUGGAAGCUCCCCGCGCUAGUAUCGUCCUUGGUCCUGUUCCAGUUCACCACGAGCAUUGUGAGCAUCCCCCCGAUGGUGACGCUCACUGCAGCAAGCCUUGCCACCGCCUCUGAAUUUGAACCCUUAUGGUACAGGUUGAAGAUUCUGAUGAGGAUACUCAACAUCAUACACGAUGCGCUUAUCCUCUUCCUCACCUGGUACAGGACGAGGGGUAUGCUGCGGGAUCUCGCGCGGAAGGCCGAAGAUGAUGAUAGUGUCUCUACGAGACUGCUUCUGAAUGGUGCCAUCUAUUUCAUGUUGGUGCACAUCGCAAUCGCGCUGCGUAUUUCUGACGCGUUUACUGUGGUACACAGCGUGCAUCUCUUCCUGAACGUCGCCGACGCCGUCUUGACCGUGACCAAGGUAGGCCUCGGAUGUAUCCAUACCAUACCGCGCAUAACCGCGUCUCGCAACACCCAGGUCUUCGACGACACGUCAAUCUUCAACGGCAUAUUCACACCGCUCAUCCUCUCCCACUUUUUCCUGAGCAUCCGCAGAGCACAGCACCAAGCGACCACGAUCUCGGUCUAG